AUGUUGCAUAUUCCAUUUUAUCAAGUACUUAUAUUAUUAUAUUAUUAUUUUCUCAUUAUAUUUGUUUUCUUUAAUGAAUUGAAUACCAUAUGGGAAAUAGAUAUAUAUAUAUAUAUAUACUUUUGUAUUUUUAAUUUAAAAUGUUUUUUGGAUACAGCUUGGUCUUUGGGCAUAAGAUCUCCGGUUCCAUACACAGGGAGAGGAGAUGUGGAGAAAUGGGAAGUAGAAAAUGGAAUGAACUUCGCAUAUGAUGGGAAAGGUGUUUUCAACACAUUGGAGAAACCUCCAAAUAUGUCUACCCAAAUCAGCUUUUUUCAACAGCUACGUCAACAAAAAUGGUAUACCAAACAAGAACUUAACCCGUCCAUUGCUCUUCUAUCCCUUGCUGGCAAUGACUAUGGCACUUCUGUUGUUAACCAUGGCAACAACCCAAAGGAUUUGUCAGACCUCAGCAAAUUAGUAGUUAACCAACUUGCUGAUAAUAUAAAGCCAAUACUGAGUUUGGGGGUGAGAAAAACAUCAGUUACUACAAUACAUCCAUUGAGAUGUUUGCCUCAGAUAACUGUAUACUCAUCUUGGAACUCCUGCAAUCAAGAUUGGAACUUGCUUUCAAAUUUUCACAACCAACAACUUUGGCAACGAAUGCAAAGUCUGAACACUACUUUUCAAACUGGUCAGAAGAAGAAUGUAAUUGUUGUUUUAGACCUCUACUGCGUUUCUGUCCGCAUUUGCAAAGCAAAAGAUCAUAACAGGAAAUCCAUUGAAGCCUUGUUGUGUUGGUAUAAGUAAUGGAUAUGGAUGUAGGAGUGUUGAUCAAAGUGGGGCAAAGAAGUAUGGUGUACGCAAGAAUUGGGAGCUGUCUUUCUUCUGGGACAUGAUUCAUCCUU